ACGUGGGGCGCGCGGCGCUUCCGCGAGCGGCGGCGCGAGAGGGGCCCCCCCCGCCCUUCCCCCACCCCCGGGACCCCCCCGGGACUCCCCCGGGACCCUCCAGACCCCCAACAUGGAGGACGUGACCCCCCCGGACCUGCUGCCCUUCCUGCUGCAGGACUGGGGCGCUCCAGAGCCGGCGGGGGGUGCGGCGCCGUUCGUGGAGAUCCUGGAGCAGCCGAAGCAGCGCGGGAUGAGGUUCCGGUACAAAUGUGAGGGGAGAUCGGCCGGGAGCAUCCCCGGGGAGCGCAGCACCGAGAGCGCCAAGACCCACCCCACCAUCAGGGUGAACAAUUACCGCGGCCCGGGGCGGGUGCGGGUGUCGCUGGUGACCAAGGACCCCCCCCACCGGCCCCACCCCCACGAGCUGGUGGGCAAGGACUGCAGGGACGGCUUCUACGAGGCCGAGCUGAGCCCCGAGCGCAACAUCCACAGUUUCCAGAAUUUGGGGAUCCAGUGCGUGAAGAAGCGAGAGCUGGAGGCGGCCGUGGCCGAGCGGAUCCGCACCAACAACAACCCCUUCAACGUGCCAGCGGAGCAGCGCGGGGGCGAGUACGACCUGGCCGCCGUCCGUCUGUGCUUCCAGGUGUGGGUGAGGGGCCCGGGGGGGCUGCGGCCCCUCCCCCCCGUCCUGUCCCAGCCUAUCUACGACAACCGUGCCCCCAGCACGGCCGAGCUGCGCAUUUGCCGCGUGAACCGCAACUCCGGGAGCUGCCGGGGCGGGGACGAGAUCUUCCUGCUGUGUGACAAGGUGCAGAAAGAGGACAUCGAGGUGCGUUUCUGGGCCGAGGGCUGGGAGGCCAAGGGCUCCUUCGCGCAGGCCGACGUUCACCGCCAGGUCGCCAUCGUGUUCCGCACGCCGCCGUUCCGGGACCCCGCGCUGCGCGCCCCGGUCACCGUGCGCAUGGAGCUGCAGCGGCCCUCGGACCGCCAGCGCAGCGCCCCCGUGGACUUCAGAUACCUGCCCCACCAGGGGGACCUGCAGUGCAUCGAGGAGAAGCGCAAGAGGACGCGGGAAACGUUCCGCUCCUUCAUCCAGCGCAGCCCCCUGCCCGCCCCGGCCCCCAGCGAGUCGCGCCCCCCCCGGCGCCUGGCGGUGCCAUCGAGACCCCCCCAGAACCCCCCGAACCCCCCCAGUGCCGCCCCCUCCUUCUCCUUCGCGGUUCCCGGGGGGCUCCUGGGGGCGCCGCCCCCCCCCGAGGCCGAGCCUUUGUCGGAGGCGCUGCUGCAGCUGCAAUUUGAGGAGGGGUCCCCCCAAAUCCCCCAAAUCGCCGACAUUGGGGGGGGGUCCAGCAGCGCUGCCGCCCCCUCCCCCCAGUUGGAUUUCGGGGCCCUUUUGGGGGACACCCCCUUCCCCCCGCUGGACCCCCUGAACCCCUCGGAGCUCCAGCGCCUGUUGGGACCCCCCGAGCCCCCCUCCAAUUUCGGGGACCCCUCCCCGGAUGAUUUUGGGGCGGGGGUUUCGGAGCUGCCGCCCCCCGCUCAGGAUUUUGCGGGGGGUCCCCCCAUGCUGCUGUCGUACCCCGAGGCCAUCGCGCGCCUGGUGCAGGGGGCGCCCCCCGAAAUGGGGCUGGGGGCGGAGCUGGGGGCGGGGCCACAGCAGAGGGCGGGGCUGGGGGCGGGGCUCGCGGGGGGAGGGGAGGACUCGCUGCCCUCGCUGGGCGAGCUCGACUUCAGCGCCUUCCUCAGCCAGUUCCCAUCGUCGUGACUGGGAGGGACUGGGACAAACUGGGAGGGGUCUGGGGGGGCUACUGGGGGUACUGGGACAGACUGGGAUGGACUGGGAUGGGGAUUUGGGGUGGUUUGUGGGGGUUUGGGAGCCACUGGGACAGACUGGGAGGAACUGGGAGCCACUGGGAAGGGUCUAGGGGGGCUUUGAGGGGGUUUGGGGCUUACUGGGAGCCACUGGGACAGACUGGGAUGGACUGUGGGAGGCUACUGGGGCCUACUGGGGAGUUUAGGGGCUACUGGGAGGGUCUGAGGCUUUACUGGAAGCUACUGGGAGGCUGUUAGGGGUUACUGGGAGCUUCUGGGAUGGACUGAGAGGGCACCUGGGAGGGUUCAGGAGCUACUGGGGGGCACUGGGAGGGUCUGAGGCUUUACUGGGAGUUGCUGGGAGGCUUCUAAUGUUUACUGGGACUUACUGGGAAGCUUUUAGGGAUUACUGGGAGGCUGCUGGGGAGCACUGAGGGCUACUGGGUCUUACUGGGAGUUCUCUGCGGUUACUGGGGCACAACUGGGAGUCACUGGGAAUUCAAUGCGGUUACUGGGAGCUACUGGGAGGACACUGAGUGCCUGCUGGGGUUACUGGGAGGACCCCAAGUGCCUACUGGGGGUUACUGGGAGCUACUGGGAGACUCCUGAGGUGCCUUUUUUGGGGGAUCCCCGCUUCGCCCCGCCCCCCGGGGCACAGCAGCCAAUGGGAACGUGCCUGCCCCUCCUCCCUUGCCUUAGCCCCGCCCCCUGGAAGUGCCUUUGGGGGAGGGGAAGGCCCCGCCCCUCCCCUCGCCCCAAUAAACGGUCCACGGCC